CUACGUUUCUUCGAGGGUUCUGAGAAGCGUCUAGAUGAAAAGAUUGCGAAAAGGUUGGAUGAAGCGUGUCUUAUACUAAAGGAGCCUGAUGAAUUUGUCUCAGCCUGUUCACUUCAAAUUGUCACCAUGGAUGAACUAGGAAGAGACCAUUAUGUGUAUGUUUAUUUAUAGAUCACCUUGUUUGUGAAAUAUUAACAAUAGGCUUUAACCCUAAUACAAGGGGGGUCCUCAACAUUUUUGCGAUAAAUCCGCCUCAUUAAAUUUGUUUACUGCUCCGCUCGCUUACUUUCAACCCUUAAUCAACUUUUGAGACCAAAUAAUGCAAUAUUAAAAUGCAUGCUAAAGACCUGCAAGACACAAUUUUUUUUUUAGUGUCGGAAAUUGCGUUGCUUAGGUAACUGCAUUUUAUGGCAAAAAACCAGGAAAACUCAUUACGGAUCUAAUACUUCAUCAGUUUUUUCCCAGUACUCAUAAAAGUUGACACCAACAUUCAUCAUGUGUAAAGACAUGCAAAAUUCAUUUGAAGUACAGGACAUUAUUGGUUGUAAAAUACUUAUUUCUUGUUACUCUCUCAAUUCCUAUUUCAGGCUCCCAAAGAGUGCCGAAGCCACCAUCUACCUCCGCAGGCCUCACUCCGCCUGCAGUGUCGCGUCCCAUCUCAACGACCUGCAUCACAUAAUACAUUCCCCUGCUACCCCACAGAAGUCUGUCCUCCUCCUCCUUGUAGAUGGUGGCCCCGACUUCAAUGUCAAUUUUCAAGUCAACUCUUUUUUUACGGCCAGUUUUUUUUUCAAGAAAACCUCGACGCACUUAUAAUUACUCAAUACUGUCCCGGGCAAUCGGCAUACAAUCCAAUAGAACACCUUUGGGCCCCCUGCACACAGGCACUUACUUCCGUCUACCUUCCGAACACCUUGCCAGAUGAAGAUCUUCCUCCAUCCAUGCAAACUGGCCUUACAGCCGAGGAAAAGGAGCAGAAAGAGCAGCGUGUAUUUGAUGAGGCCAUGAGGAGGGUGAAGGAAAGCUACUGGAGGGACUUGAGAUUUGCUGGUCACCAGGUGAAUGUGCAGGUUGUACCUAGUGGGAGACCACCACAUCCAUACGGUCAAGACUACCAGGCAGUCAAGAAGAUACUUGGGAAGUCCGCCCGUCAGCUGUCCCUCCAGCACCCAGACAUCCUCCAACUCAAGCAAAAUGCACAGCACAUGGACAGACGGAUUGGGACAACAAUCUUUGUAAAAUGUUCAUCAUGCCCUCACUGUAUUCAAAAUCCCAUCAAGACAUCACCAGAACUAAUGUCCACCCUAAGGUCAUUCCCCUCCCCAAGUCCCAGUCCCUCCCAUCCCGGACACUUUACUACAUAUAAAGAAUCACUACAAAUCCCUGUCAAUCCAUGCCAACACCUCCCCCUCUACAUUAGUAAGGGCUUUGGAAGAUGUGCAGAAGAUAAAUAUAAUUACCUAUUCACCAGUAAGGCUGAAUAAUCAAACAAGUCAAAGACUGCGCCUGAACCACUGCUGAUUUGCGAUGCACCUGAUUGCCUGUUAGAAGGCAAACCUCAGAAGAAGGAGGACUGGGCAAAAUGUGAAGUCUCUGGUGGCUGGAUGCAUUAUAAAUGGGUUGGACUGGAAAAUCCACCACCACAACCCAGGACAAACUACAUUUUGUCCUUUUUGCCAAGCAAAGUUCAAGUAGAGAUCUGCAAUGAUUG